UUCCAGGUAAUUCUGUUUUUGUUUUGGAUUUCCAGCAUCCGCAGUUUUUUUGUUUUUACCAACAGCUUUAAGGUUGUGCAGUGACGUCACCGGGCAACUGGGCCAAUGGGAGGAGGCGUUGCUGUGCCGCUGGACCAUUGGGAGCAGUUGUUGGUGCGCCCUGCGGAUCUAGGAUAUCAAACAAAAGUGAUGACCAUGUUUCGUACUGGUAUUCUUGUUUUAACAUCUCCACUUUCCCUUAUUCCGUUACGCAUUGCUCCAGUUUUGACAGCAACUGCAAAAUUUGUUGAGGACAUUUUAUAUGUUCAUUUACAUCCAGGAUUGGGACUUACAGGCAAUUACAUUCAACCCAAUCCAGUAUACAUACCAGCAAACCAUGAAGUUUCCCAACUGCUAACUAAUGUUUACACUAAAAGUUCUCAUGUGUGCAGUCACCUGGACAUCAGGGUAAUUCUCUCAAAUGUUAAAAAUCACCCUUCAACUCAGCAGCCAUUUUCAUCAGUCCAGAUGUUGUCUGAACCACCAGAGGUGGUCUUAACAGACUACAGAAUUACAGAUUUAAACCAAUCCAAUUUAGUUAUGCAGUACCUGGAAAAAUAUACUCUUGGAUGUUACUUAUGCAAACCCAAUUUGAGGACCAUUCUUUUACAACCUGGUAUAGAUGGUACGGAGAGCAUUUCCAGUUCUGAUUUGGAGGAUUCCAGUUUAUAUGAAAAUAUUCCGAGUUACAGCGAUGUUGUGUUAGGUGGAACUUUCGACAGACUCCAUUCUGCUCACAGGAUCCUUCUCAGCAUAUCAUGCUUGCUAACAGGAAAACGUUUGUUAAUUGGAGUGGCUGAUGGAGAACUGCUUAAUAGAAAGAUGCUGAAGGAGCUGAUUGAACCUUACCAAGAACGUGUGGAGAAGCUGAGGAAGUUCCUACUCGAUGUGAACCCUGCUGUGCAAUAUGACCUUGUUCCUUUGAAAGAUCCCUAUGGGCCAGCAAUUACUGAUCCAAACCUAAACUGCAUUGUGGUUAGCGAUGAGACACAAAAGGGCGGAGAAGCCGUGAACAGAAAACGACUAGAAAAUGCUCUUCAGGAGUUGGCAAUCCAUAAAAUCUCUUUAAUAAAAGAUGUACAUCAUACAGCCGAUGAAGAAGAAAAGAUCAGUUCAUCCACUCUCAGGAAACGACUGUUGGGGUGCUUGCUGGUGCCUCCAAAAGGCAAUCCCAGAAUUGCGCCAGUUCCUUAUGUGAUUGGAUUGACUGGAUGUAUGGGCAGUGGAAAGACGUCAGUUGUACGGUACCUGCAGAAAAUGGGAGCAACUACCAUUGAUGCUGACCAACUGGGACAUGAGACUUACAGACCGGGGACAGCUGCUUACCAGAGGAUUGUUCAGAAAUUUGGACAAGAUAUUUUACUGAAAGAUGGAACAAUCGAUCGAAGUGCUUUGGGAAAGAGAGUUUUUGGAGAUGAUGAGAAGCUCAAAUGUCUAACAGAUAUUGUCUGGCCAGACACUGCCACUCUCGUGAAGCAGAAAAUCGCUGAUGCUGGUGCAGAAGGUAAAGCUGUAUGUGUGGUUGAUGCUGCAGUCUUGCUGGAAGCUGGCUGGAUUGAUAUGGUUCAUGAGGUUUGGGUGGCUAUUAUGCCAGAAGAGGAGGCUCUCAAGAGGAUUAUAAGAAGAGACAAAAUAAGUGAGGAAGAAGCGAAAAAGCGACUUGCAAGCCAGUGGUCAGAUGCCCAACGGGUGCAACAUGCUAAUGUGGUCCUUUGUACACUAUGGGAGACUCAAGUCACAGAAAAACAGAUCCAAAAGGCAUGGCAGCUCCUUCAAAAGCGUAGGCUUCUCUGUUGACAUCUUAAGAGUCCAAGGAUCUCUCUGUUUUGUUGAUUUAAUAGUUUAGAAGAAUUCAACAUUUUACAGAAGAAUGUUAAUUAGACUAAAUGCCCUGAUUCGAAAUAUGCUCAUAUUUGUGUACAUUGUACAGAAUAUAAUUGCAUCACAGGUAUAACAAUGACAUUUCAAUUUGAUAUGUUGCUAAUGAUCUCAAGGCACUUUGUAAUUCCAAAAAUCUGUCUUUCUAUUCUUGAGUAUUUCUGAAACAAUACAUGUUGUCGAAGAUUUUCGUCUUGCACUCAU